CUCCUAUCUUCAUGGCCCUGUGGCUAGGCACAAAAUCUUUUCAUGUACAAUGAGGUGGACAGAACCCAAGAAGUCUACGCUACAGGUCUAUAAAGAGAACAUUAACAAGGGACAAAGGAGGGUAUGAGCCCCAAGCAAGCAAGCAAAGAAGGUCUUCACCCAGAGAGCCGGACUUCCCUAGCAGGGAAAGAUCUGUUGGGAGAAAGGAACGGAAGUCAUACCAAACAUGAAGAAGGUCCUUCUGUUUCUCCUGUUACUUCACCCACAGCUUUCAAAUGCUUUUCCUGUAUCUCCUAAGAGCCUUGAGGAGGAAAAAAUGGCAAUUGUUCAGAGGUAUCUAGAGAACUUUUAUAAUAUGCCAAAAAGUGGAGAUAAGAUAAAACGGCAGAAGAAUAGCACUCAUUUAGUUAAAAAGCUUAAAGAAAUGCAGAAAUUUUUUGGAUUGGAGGAGACUGGACAAACAGAUGAAGAAACCAUGGAAGUGAUGCAAAUGCCCAGAUGUGGGGUUCCUGAUGCAAUUGAAUACAAGCUGACUGAAGGAAAUCCAAAGUGGAAACGGAAUGAAAUUACAUACAGCAUUAUAGACUACACACAAGAUAUGUCACAAGCUGAUGUGGAUUCAGCCCUUGAGAAAGCCAUACAGAUUUGGAGUGGUCCAUCACUUCUGAAGUUCACCAGGAUCUAUGAGGGUGAAGCUGACAUAAAGAUCUCUUUUGUCCGAGGAGAUCAUGGUGACAAUUCACCCUUUGAUGGUCCCAAUGGGAUUCUUGCACAUGCAUUUCAACCAGGCCAGGGAAUUGGAGGAGAUGUUCAUUUUGAUGAAGAUGAAACUUGGACCAAGGACUCCAGGGAUUACAACUUAUUCCUUGUUGCUGCUCAUGAGUUUGGCCAUUCGUUGGGCCUUUCUCAUUCCACUGAUCCUGGUGCCUUGAUGUUCCCCACUUAUUCCUUCUCUGAACCCAGCACUUAUGUACUGCCACAGGAUGAUAUUGAUGGCAUUCAGUUUCUCUAUGGUGUUUCGAAUAAUUCAGUCAAACCUACUGGACCCACUACACCAGGAACCUGUGACCCGCAAUUGACAUUUGAUGCAAUUACCACUCUCCGUGGAGAAAUCAUAAUCUUUAAAGACAAGUACUUUUGGCGAAAGCACAACCAACUACCAAAGCCUGAACUCCAUAAGAUUUCCUUAUUCUGGCCAUCAUUACCAUCUGGGAUACAAGCUGCUUAUGAGGAUGAUGAAAAGGAUCUAGUCAUUCUAUUUAAAGGUAACCAGUACUGGGCGCUAUCUGGCUAUGAAAUCAGGCCUGGCUUUCCCAGACAUAUCUCCAAUUUUGGCUUCCCAAGAACCGUGCAAGCCAUAGAUGCAGCUGUUUCAUAUAGUAACUAUGGAAAAACAUAUUUCUUUGUAAAGAACCAAUACUGGAGAUAUGAUAAUCUAAGACGUGCCAUGGAUCCUGGUUAUCCUAAAAAUAUAGCAGAUAAAUUUCAAGGGUUGCAAAGCAGUGUGGAUGCUGUUUUCCAGAAAGAUCACUAUUUCUACUUCUUUAUUGGACCAAUAUACCAUAAAUUUGAUCUCCAUGCUAAAAGAAUUGUUGCUGUGGGAAGAAGCAACUGGUUGUUAAAUUGUAGAUAGAAUACGACUAAAAUGUAAGCUGGAAGUAAAGUGUAUUUUAGAAGUAUCAACAAGUAGUUUUAAAAAAUCUAUUGGUGAAGAUUUAAGGCCUCUUUUUCACUUUUGUCUAUUACUAUUGUCUUCUGCCAUCUUUCCAGUUCCUGUGCUUGUUUCAAAUUUCAAUUGUGAGUAAGGAAUAAGGAUUAAUCAAUACUUUUAUAUCCUGACCCAAUUGUAAUCAAGCCAUAUACUCUUUAUCUAACAAGUGAUCCUUAGUCAGAAUAGUCCUCCGGUGAGUCCUUGUUUUAUAUACAUUCUUUGUCAUUUUGGCAAUCCAUUAUCUGAUCCUUAAGAUAUUUGACACCCACAAGUCCCUUUUACUUUCCAUACAUUGCUAGAUAGAGAGGUUGUAUAGUGCUACACUUUGAGUAUGAAAGAGCUGAGUCAAAAAGUGCCAGUCUUGGCUUUGGCAUUUACUAGCUAUGUGACUAUGAACAAGCAAUUUAUCCUUUCUGAGCUUUAAGUAACUCUCUAGGACCACAAGCUAUAAAUUACCUGGAAUCUGCCCCCAAAGAAAGGAGUUCUUGCACAGAGGAAAUCAGAGGUUCUUGAUAUAUUGAUUUUCUGGACUUGAUGCCCAAACACAUAGCGCUCUGUAUUGGUUGAGAAAGGAGGUUGGUGUAGGGUAUAGCCAUGGCCCCGCGGGAUCAUGGAGAUUCAGUGCCAUUUUUCCCUGUGUAGUCCUCCACAAGUAAGGUGAUUGAUUUUCAUGACUCCCUUGAAUCUGGCUGGAGUUGGUGAGGAAAAUUGCUGAGGGCGGAGAAAAAAUAUGCAGUCCUAUAGAUGGGGCUUAACCUAGUUUGUGAGGGUAACUGAGGCUUUCUUCCUUUCGUGCUUUUCAUGUUUCUAACUUCAGCUUGCUGUUUCUCAUAUGUUAGUUGCAUUCACUGUUGCUGCUUUUGUUGUUCUAAUUCUCAAUGUUACCCAUGAUGAAUAAAAAGGAUUUAUCACAUUAAGAAAAACCAGUCUUUAGUCACCCAGUAUUGAACAGAAGUUUGUUAAGUUUAUUAAACUACUCUAUAUUUCGUGAA